AUUCCGGUUCUCUUUCCUCUAGUUCGGAAGCCACUAAAAUUUCACGUCAACAGAGUCGUUCAUGCUACCGAUUGUAGGCUACAGUACGGUAUUAGCCAAGAUGGGACAAAGUCGGCAUCCAUGCGUCGCUUGCUUCAAUAUAGUCUCACCGUUUAUCAUAAUGACCCAAAAUAUAACUUUCCUCUCUUGCCCCUGGCUGAAUCAUGCAAGUGUCGCCGCCAGCUGACAGGCACCCGCCAGCGAACCUUCAUCUUCGCUAUUUGAAGAUAUGCCUCUCGCCAGGAUAGUCCUUGCUUUCCUCCCUAGAUUCACUUCAGCAAUGUCCUUUCACCGAUUGGCCGUGGCCGCUCUCCUAACAUGUUCCCUAGACGUGUCCAGUGUCCUUGGUGCUCGUGUGCAGUCUCCUUUCUUGAUCCUUCCUCCGGAUGCACGUACCCACCAACAGGCGGUUCAGGAUAUAUUUCUGACGAGUUAUAAUGCUUACUUAAAAUUUGCAUUUCCUCAUGAUGAUUUGACACCCGUGAGCGCAUCGUUCACCGACGGUCGUAAUGGCUGGGGAGCUACAGUCGUUGAUUCCCUGACAACGUUGAAAAUCAUGGGUUUAGAAAAUCUCUUCAACGAUGCUGUGGUUUUUGCCUCCAAGAUUGACUUCAGCAUUUCACACACUACGGACACAGUCAGUGUUUUUGAAACCUCGAUUAGGUAUCUAGGAGGCCUCUUGAGCGCAUACGAGCUCAGCGGCGGGCAAUUUCCUCAACUCAUCACUAAGGCAAAGCAAGUUGCGGACAAAAUGGCAUUCGCGUUUGUUCCUAACACGAGCCCAAUACCAUUUGGUCAUAUCGACUUCAAUACGAGCAGGGUUCAGUUGGCUACUUCUAAUAUCGCUGAGGCUGGAACUCUCACUCUUGAAUGGUCAAGGCUCGCAAAACAUACUGGAAACGAUACUUAUCGACAAUUGGCAGAGAACUCAGUUAGGCACAUCGCCCAGUUACCCGCGCCUCUUCCAGCUCUCGCUGCUCAGGGAAUCGAUCCCUCUUCAGGCAACUUUGUUGGUGCAUAUGUUUCUUGGGGAGGAGGCUCCGACAGUUACUUCGAAUACCUGAUCAAGUACGCUCGUAUCACCAACACGAAGGACACCUUGUUCGCGGACACAUGGGCAACUGCUGUUGACAGUUCUCUUAAGCACUUGGCUAAGACUUCGACUGUUGGAAACCACUUGUACUUGGCUGACCAGCAAGAUGAUGGGACUAUACGUCACAUCGGAUCACAUCUGGCCUGUUUCCACGCUGGUAACUGGCUUUUUGGCGGUCGUCUCUUAAAUAACCAGACUAUCGUGAACACCGGCCUGAAGCUCAAUGAUGCAUGCUGGAAUACUUACGCCAGUACACUUACCGGUAUUGGCCCCGAGGCAUUCGGGUUCUUCUCCUCCGACGGUAAUUUUACUGGAGCCUCACCAUCGUCGAGCGAUAUUGCCUUCUACGACCAACACGGAUUCUUCAUCUUCCCGGGGUCUGAAGACUACUUCCUGCGUCCUGAAGUUCUGGAAUCCAACUUUUAUGCUUGGCGUGUUACUGGCGAUACCAAGUAUCUCGACCGAGCGGCUUCUGCCAUUGACAGCUUCAACAAGUUUUUGAAAGUGAACGUGGCGUUUGCGGGGAUUGGGAAUGUCAACCAAGCGAAUUCGGGAUUCAUUGAUGAUACGGAGAGUUUCUGGUUCGCUGAGGUGUUGAAGUAUCUAUAUCUCACAUUCGACGACCCCAACCACAUUAGCUUGGACGAUUGGGUCUUCAACACCGAAGCUCAUCCGUUCAGAGCACCAUCGGCUCUCCCUGUUUACGGAAGCGGGAAACUCAUCGACCAGUCUUCUGCGCCGUUCAAGUCAAAGAGUGGUCCACUGCCUGCUGUCAGCCCUAUAGCUGCGUUGCGUAAUACUACACUCUAGAAGUAACUUAUUUCCUGGUGUUUGAGUUUUUAUUGUUCUUGAUACGGGUACUGUGCUACGUUCCUCCUUUUACCUUCCGAGACGGGUAUACCACGGGCUGCAACUGUAACAGUAGAUUGACAAUAGACGUAUAUCCUGCAGGUCUUGAC